GUGUCCCGGCCCCGGGGCGGUGCCGCCCUCGGCGCCGCUGGAGCAGCUGCGGCGGUACCGGGAGCGUCUGUCGGGCAGCGGGCGGUGUGUGUGUGUCUGUGUGUCUGUGUGUUUGUGGGGCGGACAGCCAUGCGGCGCUGGAGGCUCCUUCUCUUCCCGGUGCUCCUCGCCGUCCUGGUCUCCGUCAGAGGCCAAGAUGACUUCUCCUUAGGAGAUGCACUUUUGGAAGAAACUACAAAGAAACCUCUUACAACUCAGAAGACACCACCAUCAGAUUUAGAUGAUUUUGACUUGGUCCAUGCUCUUGGUCCUGAUGAUCCCAAGCCACCUCCUCCUACAAAUCCUAGAGACACUGAUAACCCCAAGCGAGAUCACCCUAAAGGCUCUGACACAUUAAGUGAUUUUGAUCUAUUGGACGACAGUUUACCAAAAGGAGGAAGUGAUGGCAGUGGCGGCAACGAACGAAAGGGCCCAACUCCAAAAAGUGGCCAAGAAAAUGAGGCUUCUCAGGGAGCAAUAGCUGGAAUUGUAAGUGCUGUGGCUGCUACUGUGAUUGGAGCAGUAUCUAGUUUCAUUGCUUACCAGAAGAAGAAACUCUGUUUCAAGCAAAGCGCAGAUGAAGAGAAUGUGAAUAUGGAAAGCCAUAGAGGAGCGCAAUCUGAGCCACCUGUUCAGCGCACACUUCUGGAGAACUAAAUUAAAGAAAGAGCGAUGAAGAACAUAUCUUUGGAACUGGAUAAACAACCUGCAUUCUGCCUGAAAAAUAAAAAAAAGGAAACAGAAAAAGCAUAACAUAAACAGCAGAGUCUGAAGUUUCAUGAGAAAACAGUUCUUGUUUGACACACCUCUGGGACUGUGACUUAGAGCUGAGUACUUCUGUAUGGUUAGCCCUGUGAAGCAUUGUUGCACACCAAUACAUGGCCUUAAUGACAAGAGUGUAGAAGUAUGUUGUGCCUUCACAUUCUUUCCUUGACUCCUCUGACAAACGGGUGUGUCUCAAGUGCAUGCAGUGUGUUUAACUUUUCCUUACCUUUCCAAAAACAAUAUACAAUUAUGGGUUUUUGUUAUGUUACUGCUCUCAGGCAGUAAAAGCAUUUUUUUCAAAUAAGCUGUACUCAGUGAGUGGACCAACCAACCAACUUGGUGUAUUUUGUGGGCACCUGAGAGCAAAUGGCUCGCUGUGUAUGGAUGGUGGAUCUGGGUGUGGGUGCUGCUGAUCCAAUCUGUGUAGCUGCCUGGCCAGCUGCCAGGGAAGAGAUACUUGUGCGUGAGCAUUCAGGAGACAAAAAUUCUGUUUUGUUUUUAGAUUUUUUUCGUUGCAUCUGUCUGGUACAGAUUGAGAAAACCCAAAGUUAAUGCACACAGAGCUGUCAACCUUUCUGGCUCUUCCUGCUUAGCAAGUACUGAGCUGGUCAGUUGUGGAAAAGCCUGUUUUGCAGAUCAGAACCAUAAUUGGACUUUGUAUUUCUGGCAACAUUGAUGUUUGGCAUUGUCUAAACAGUUGUGGAUGAAGUACUUGGGAGUGGGGAUUAACAUCUUCAGACUUCCAUAGCCAAAAGCUUAAGAGAAAAUAGUGCUGAAUUCAGAAGGCUUAUCAUACAUGUGUAAGGGACAGAAACAGUACUACGGUUCCAAAGUACCAACAGCAAGACUGACCAGAACAAGCCAACCUCACUCCACAGACAUCCACUGAACACUAGAAAUAGCAAACGUGAGAAGUGCUUUUGGACUUGUGAAGGAUUCCCCUAGGAUGAUGACCUGUGGUUGCAACCUGUUCCUCUGAAAGCACUUGUGACCCGUGCUGUGGUUCUUGAAAGCGACAGGAAGGUUUCAAGGAUCUGUGGAAAUGUGGAAAACUACAGUUCAUAACAGCUAAAGGACUAAAUCUGGAAUAAUAAUUAGUUCUGUCUGGAAGGAAUUGUCUGACCAGUUUUGUUGGCUUUCAUUCUAAUUGUUUUAAAUUUUCAUGCAAUUUUACCAUAUGUGUCUUAUUAAUGGGCUUCAGCCACCUGACAGAGUUUUACAGGAAGAUGACAUUUCAUGGAACAUCUUAGAACUCAUUAAUGAAUUUGGAUAUUAAACCUGUAAAUAUAUCUGUACAUUCAAAUAUGAAUGUAUGCCAAGGAUAAUUCAUUUAAGAAUUUCUUGUACAUGUUUCUUAGCUUGCAACAAAGCCUUACACAAAUUUUAGUAUUUUAUUAUGGAAUUAAUUUGUCUCUUUUUGCCCCACAUCUGCUUUUAGUAUACAAGUGCUAAAAUCAUUAAGUGUGUUUGAGAGUGCAAAACUGAUGUCUAUAUAA